AUGUUGUUGUUUCUUCUUCUGCUGCUUCUACCAGCCCUCAGUCCGGCUUCAGCCUGGAUUCCAGUGGAGGACUGGGAGUCUGGCAAUGUGACUGCAUCAGAGGGAGAGUCUGGUCAGUGUGUUUGUCAUGUUUAUCUGCCAGAGACCACCUUCCCGGCCAACCGGGUUCAGCACAUGCAACAAGUCAGCAAGGAUCUGAUCCUGGAAGUGGGCAUUCAAACGGACAAGAUUGAGGGCUAUGAUGGUAAGCUGAACGUCUACCUAAAGGAACUGGCAGAGCUGAGUUUCCGAGUGGCCAUGCUGGAGAGCAGCGCCGACAAUUACAUCAAGCUGGACUUUGAGCUGCUCAGGAUCGAGCUCAGAGAGUUCGAGGCUCUGGUGUCACAACUUAAAGACUCCCUCAACUCCUCCUCACCCAUGUUUGACAGCCUGUACAAUGAGAUCCACAACAUGACCCUCAUUGUGAACCAACUUGAGACUUAUGACAAGAGCAACCUGAUGGUGAUCCGCGUUGAGUUUGCCAAGCUGCAGAAGAAGCUGGAGGAGUGCCAGCAGGAGCAGGAUUACAUCGAGCCAGAUAUCGGCAACUGCAAUCACACUGGAAUCUUGAGCAUCAGCAAACCAUUGGUGGUCCAGCUGAAUGCUCAUUUGAGCUCAAGUUACUACUAUGGCGGCUGGGGGAAAGACUCCAAACCCAUUCGAGGUCAUGAGUCGAUGUACUGGUACGGUGCUUACAGCACUCCCCAUGUUUACGAGGUCUUUUUCUACUCUGACUAUGAGAAGCUGCUCCUGAGGUCUGCAUUUAGAAAAUACACCUUUUCAAGUGGUUGGAUCAGUAUUGGUAACAAUUACAUUGUUCAUGGUAACACCAUGUACUACCAAACUCACCAUCCUUUUAGCAUUGGCAAAUUAAAUCUGACCAGCUCUGCCAAAAGCUACAUAGUGGUCCCAUCUGCCAGUGAAAAGUUCUCGUACAGCUACUCAGAGAAUCAGAACCUGGAUUUAGCUGCUGAUGAAACAGGAUUGUGGGUAAUGUAUGCCUCAGAAGAGAGCAAAGGUAAAAUAGUGCUUGCUAAAAUCAACGAGAAAUCAUUUGGUAUUGAGGAUGAGAUGAGCACCAGUGUGUUCAAACAGCUGGCUGGGAACGCUUUCAUGGCCUGUGGAGUCAUGUAUGUCACCAGGUCAGUGGACCUGACCACAGAGGAGAUCUUCUACUCCUUCGACAGCAGGACCAAGGAGGAGAAACACCUGAGCAUCCGCUUCCCCAAGUUCCAGGAGAAAUACUUCAACCUGGACUACAAUCCCACAGACCAGAAGCUCUACAUGUACAACAACGGCUACUACGUGUCCUACAAUGUGAGGUUCAACAAAGAAUAA